AUGGUUUACACCAUAGUUAUUGGGCAAGUGUGGCCUGCAGAGCUGGCCUGUCCUCCCCAUAGCCAUUACAAGCGCUGCGGCUCCUCCUGUCCCAGCUCUUGUGCCGGGCCUGCCCGGCCUGACAGCUGCUCGACUCCGUGCCAGGACGGCUGCCAGUGUGACCCAGGCUUUGUGUUCAGUGGCACUGACUGCGUGCCCCCCACUGAGUGCGGCUGCUCCACGGGGAGCAACUUGUACGUCGCCUGCUUUGAUGGGAAGAGUGUUGAGUUUCCAGGCACUUGCACUUCUGUUUUUACCAAGUCCUGUGGCCCCUUUUCAAGCUGGAACUUGGGAAGGAGAAGAAGUCCUGCAGCCCCAGUGUGUUCACUUCAAAGAUGUCUAUCAAGGUUCAUGGGGCCCAGGUUUGUCAGCAGAGAGAGCCCUGACUUGGCCGAGGUUUGCUUAGGGCGUGGCAGCUUCGGAUAAAGGCAGGACUCCGCCUGGCAGCCCCGACUUCUGGAACCUCUGAUCAGCCUG